AUGCGCCAGGCCGGAGGUGCAGUAAGCGAGGCAAGUUUGACGGGCCACGGCAGCCCGGGCGAUCUCUGCUUGGCUCGGUGGAUGUGGACUGCGGGGCGUGGGUGUUGCCGCACCCGGCACCGCGUGCGGCGCGGGACCAUUACGCCUGUGCCUGUGGCGCUGCUCGUGGUGCUGGCGCUCGCUGCCGCGGACGCCUGGAUGCCCACGGCACACGCCGUGUCUUUCCGGAUGCAGGGCGGCACGGUGGACCGGUCCAUCACCGUUGGCCGCGCCGUGGACGCCGUGCUGAUGGACGGCGUCUCCGUGACGAACGGUGUGUCCGUGGUGUUCGACGUUGCGGCGAUGCUGCCCGGUGCGCUGCGCAUCGAUAUGAGGAACUGCGUGUGCGACGGCGGGGCGCAGAUCUACGUGCAGGGCUACCGCGGCGAGCCGGCGAGCGACCGGAGCCUGGAGAUGGGCGUGAGCGGGCUGAAUGGGAGCUACUGCGCGCUCGUGUUUGCGUACAACCUGCCGGCACACACGAGCGUGACGGUCCGUGAUUCGAGGGUGCUGACGCCGGGUCCGAUGAGCUACUCGCAAAUCGGCGGGCUGAAGGACGCAGUGGCGUCGCCGCUUGUACUGCACGCGACGUCGCUCUCGCAGACGCAGCUGCGUGUGAACAACACUGUGCUGGGGUCGUCGUGCGCGGGCGGGUCGGCGAUGUACGUUGGCGGCGGCGUGGACCUGCUGUCGAGCGCAGUGCUGCUUGACGGCGUGCUGCUGGAGGCGUCGGGCGGUUCCACUGCACACGCGAUGCGCGUGGCGUUCGCGUCGCGCCUCAGUCUGCGUGGUCGGUCGGUGUUUUCACUGACGAACGUAUCGGUGGCGAGCAGCGGCGGCGGCUUUGUGCUCGGGCGAAACCUCGCGCUGUCCGGCUCCGUGCUGCGCUUCGUGGGUAUUCGCGGGUCGGUCACGUCCUCGCUGGUGCACUGCGACGGAGGGAGGAUCGGGGCCGGCGGGUGGCUGGACCUGUACGGCGUAUGGGCGGUGGGCGAGGCGUCAGUGGCGUCCCUGUCGGGGGUGACGCUGAGCGGCGGCGCCGUGUCGAUUGCACGCUGCGUUGCCGGCGGCGCGACGUUUGUCUCCGGGCCGGAGAUCACAAGCGGCACGGUGUCUGUGCAGUGCAACCGUGCCGGCGGCCAGGUAUUGCGGAGCAGCGGCGACUACCGGCUGGUGGGUCUGCCCUCCGUGAGCGUGGUGCCGUGCGACAGCUGCGCGCCGGCGCUGGCCUGCUUCAGUGCGCUGACGGCCUCCUUCUCCGACUGCGCGUGCAACUGCAGCGCCGGCGGCGUGGGGUCGGCGUGCCUGCCGUUCGACGUGCCGCUCUCGAAGGGCGGUGGUGGUGGUGGCGCGCAGGGCUGCGUGCGCGGCGUGACGCUGACGGAGUCCAUGGCGGUUGGGGGCGGCCAGGCGACGGCAUGCUUCGACUCAGUGGUGUUCAGCGGGCCGAUCACCGUGACGGUGGAGCUGGGCUCGAUGGACCCAUUCGCUGCCCUGCUGAACGUGACGCUGCGCCACUGCGUGCUUGCGGGCGGCGCGCAGCUGCAGAUUGUGGGCCCCGGCGGGGGCAUGGCGCGCCUGAUGCCCCGCGCCGUCGUAAACAUGACAAACGUGACGUCGACGGAGGGCACGAUUGUGCUGCGGGGGGCGAUGCCGCUCAACUCGAGUGUGCUGCUGGCGAACUCGUCGCUGCGCGCGACGGUUGGCGGGUCGCAGUACGUGCCGACGACCGCCGGGUCCGAGGAGUCCAGGUACGGCCCCGCGCUUGUCCUCGACGGCGUCCGGCUGCUGUCGACGCAGUUUGUCGUGACGCGGUCGACGCUGGCGUGCGAGGGGAGCUCGUGUGCUGCGAUCCUUGUGGAGCACGGCCUCAGCGCAAACCAGUCAAGUGCCUUCUACAUGGACAACUGCGCCGCCGCCUCGGAGCUGUAUGUGAUGUACUCCCUUGAGUCGGACCUGAGCAUCAGCGGCGGCUCUGUGUUCUCGGUGCAGAACAGCUCGUGGGAGGCGCGAGCAGCAGCUACUACGGGGCCGCGUGUGUGUUUAAGGGCGUUGUGGUGGGCGGUGGCAGCGUGCUGCAGUUUGUGUCCAGCAGCUUCCAUCUUGGCUUUGCAAUGCUCAUCGCAGACAGGCUGA